AUGAUGAAGCUUCCUCCAAGUUAUAGGGAUCCUAAGAUUUUCAACAACAAAUAUAUUAUCAAAUAAUAGAUUUCAUCAGGUUCAUUCGGUAUCGUGUAUUUGGCAUUUGACAAGCACACAAGAGAGGAAGUGGCUGUAAAAAUAGAAAAAGAAGAAAAUGAAGAUGUUAGUUCUCUUGAUAGAGAAAUUUCCAUCCUUAAUCGUUUAAAUGGAGUACCUGGAACACCUAAACUUUAUUGGAGUGGAUUCGAGUAAGACUACAAUGUGAUUGUAAUCCAAAUUUUGGGCAAGGAUCUGAGUCAAUAUAUAAAGCAAUAUAAGAAAUUUAGUUUGAAGAGUGUAUUACAGAUUUCAUAUCAAUUGCUAUCUACAUUACAGUAAGUUCAUGAGAAGGGUGUAAUCCAUAGAGAUUUCAAACCAGAAAAUAUAUUGACAGGAUAUCAAUAAGAGAAUGGCACUAUUUAUUUAGUGGAUUAUGGUGUAUCAAAAGUCUAUUUAGAUAAUCAUGGAAAGCACAUGUACUGAAUUUACCUAAGGCAAAGCCCACUUAAAGACAAGAAAUCAUUUAUCGGGACAACAAGAUAUGCAUCGAUAGCAGCACAUCGAGGUUACGAAUUAGGAAGAAAAGAUGAUGUGGAAUCAAUGUUUUAUGUUAUGAUAUAUCUCUUAAAAGGGUAGAGAGAACUUUCUUUAUAUUAGUAAAUUGCCUUGGUAAAAUUUACAAAAUAUUGGAGAUAGAGAUCGAACUGAUGUUGUAGGUGAAGUUAAAUAGAAGACAGAAAUAUCAGAAUUAUGUAAAGAUGUUCCAUCUGAAUUUGCUGAAAUAUUUAAGUAUUCUAAUUAAUAUCAAUUAGUUAUUUAAAAAAGUUAGAAUUCAAAUCUGAACCAGAUUACAAAUAUAUGUUAUCUCUUAUACUUAAGGCAGCCACUAAUAAUCAUAUAAUUCUAGAUAAAUUAUUUGAAUGGACAGAUCGGCAAACCAAAAUAAAAGAUUAAAUGAUUUGGGCUUUGUCUGAAGAAAAAUAAAAAUUACCAUAAAUGAAUAGUUCAUAAUAAAUUAUGGGUUCAAAUAAUCUUCUCAAACCUCCUGAAGCAAUGAGAGCUACAGGAGGAUCUCCAAUUCGGAUGGAAUCUAAACAUCUCACAAGUACUUCAAUUUAAGGAUCUUUGUCCUCAAUGAUGAUUAAAUAUAUACCAUCUUAAGUUGAAAACACUAGCAUGUGUAAUCAAGAUGAUAAGCGAUCAAAAAGCAAGAAAAGCAAACGAAGUAGAAAAAGUGCUAAAUCUUCUAAACGUUAAUCAGUCAUUUUUCAUAGUGGAGUAUAAAUUAUUGAACCUAAAGAUUAACUUAGAGUAACUAAAUAUUCAUUUUGUAGAGACAUAAAACUAUAGAUUCAACUUGGGGAUUUUAAUAAUGCAUGAAUGAAUUCAGUGGAGAUGAGGAUUCAUAAAAACUAUCCAAAAAAUAUCAUUAAUUGUAGGCUUGCAGUCUUCAUCCAAAGAAAAUACCCAAAAAUACUUCUAAAUUAUGA